AUGCAUAUAACUUAUCUUUUACGACUUUUUCUCUAUAGAUUCAAUUACAUUGAUAUUUUUUGUUAGUUGUAUCUUGAAUUUCCUCAUAGUGUUACUACAAUGUUGAUGGUUUUGCAACUUAUUUUCAUAUUUAUUAGAAUUUCCACAUGUACAGAAUACACUCCAACUUACGUUAAACUCCCUUUGGGUACUAUUGAAGGUUAUGUUGGUAAAACUGUCAAAGGAAGAGAAUAUAAUGCCUUUGAGGGUGUACCGUACGCAGCUCCACCUGUUGGCGACUUAAGAUUCCAGGAACCUGUUCCGCCAAAACCGUGGCUGGGAAUAUGGAAAGCCAGAACAAUUUUCAGAUGUAUUCAGUAUUAUCAUUACACACCUUCAGGAGAAGAUAUGGUUAUUGGAGACGAAGACUGUUUAUAUCUAAAUAUUUAUACACCCAACUUAAACACCACGAAGAAAAUGAAUGUUAUGGUUUUUAUACAUGGGGGAGCGUUUAUGUUUAAUCUCGGUGGUGUGUUUGGUCCUCAAAUAUUCCUCGAUCAGGACGUGGUUUACGUCAAUUUGAAUUACCGGCUAGGACCUUUAGGAUUUCUGAGUACCGAAGACGAGUUGGUUCCAGGCAACAAUGGAAUAAGAGAUCAAGUUCGCGCUCUUGAAUGGAUUCAAGAAAAUAUCGAAUAUUUUGGUGGUAAUCCGGAGUCUGUUACCAUAAUGGGCAUGUCCGCUGGUGGCGCUAGUGUACAAACGCAUUACCUCAUCAAACAAUCAAAAGGUCUAUUUGCUAAGGGUAUAUCACAGAGUGGUACUGUUUUGAACCCUUGGGUACUCAUGGAAGACCCAUUGAAGAAAAGUCAAACUGUAGCGUCUCACGUCGGAUGCCCAACGGAAAAUAACGAAGAAAUGGUGAAUUGCUUGAAAACAAAACCUGCCAGACAAAUCGUACAUACGAUGAAACAUUUUCAACCUUGGCUGUAUAACCCCUUUUCACCGUUUGCAUUAGUAGUGGAUAGUUGGGCAAAGGAUCCCAUAUUUCCUGAACAUCCUUUGAUACUUCUUCGGAAAGGACUUGUUAAAGAUUUGCCAUGGAUAACGUCGUACACUUCCUCUGAAGGAUUAUACCCAGGAUCAGAUUUCUAUUUUGACGAAUAUUUGGAUUAUUUGGACAAGAGAUGGAACUAUAUAAUGCCGUAUAUUUUGCAUUAUAACGAUGUGGUACCUGCUUCUCAGCUCAAUCAAAUAGGUACCAAAAUCAGAUUAGAAUAUCUGAAAAAUAAAGAAGUUGGCAAAAGGAAUUUCGAAAAAUUCAUUCAGAUACUCAGCGAUAGACUUUUCUUAAGAGGUAUCGAAACUGCAAGUCGUUUACAAGCAGCCGCAACUGAGUCACCAGUGUAUUGUUACUAUUUCAAUUAUAGAGGCGUCAAUAGUAAAUCAAAUUUCAGGACAUACUCAGAUGUGAAUCUUGGGGUAUCUCAUGGGGAUGACACUUCGUACAUUUUCAAAACCAAUAUGGAUACAUUGUCAACUGAAAAUGAUCGAGCGAUGAGCGAUAUUAUGAUCAACUUGGUGAUUUCCUUCAUGGAAACCGGCAAACCCAACACUUCCACCGAAUGGAAACCGUUGCCCAGAAAUCUUAAAGGUCCGUGGGUACAAUUACGUAUAGAUGGUCCUGAGAAGAUAUUCAUAGAGGAAAAGACUGAUAUCGGGAAUAAAAAAUUCUGGGAAAACCUACCGUUCGCGGAAAACGAAAACCUUUUCCCUGCAAAAGAUGAGUUGUGAUAAUUCAUAAAAAUUCAGUAAAAUAUCUUUAAUUUUAUAUAAAUAAUAAUUUUAAUAGAAACUUUCUCGAACGACUUAACAUGUUUAUAUUAUUUAAAAAAAAAUAUAAAUAAAAA